UUGAACGAAAGGGCGUCUCGUGGCGGAAUCGGCGCAAAAAUGCUGUAUCACACGCUGCUCAUCUUAUCCAGUGUGGUGUUAUCCAGCUGCGACGUGUCUCAUCUGCAGCUCCAGGAAGACCACACGACGGAGCCGCCGCCACCGAAGCCCUAUGUGUUCUCUUACACGGCCGGCAGGUACCCUGGUCAUGCUGAUAGACAGCAUACCGAAGUUAGUGACGGCAGUGGAGUCAUUAGAGGCUCAUUCUCCUACGUGGACCCUCGCCAGAAGGUCCGCACUGUGGACUACAUAGCAGACAAGGAAGGCUUCCACCCGAUCCUGAACGAUGCUCCUCCUGAACAUCCAGCUGACUCUGAGUCUGUGGCGCAAGCUAAAGACAAACACUACCGGCUGUAUGCUAAAAUUGCUGAGGAGCAUGCACACCAACCUCAUCCAUUGGGCGACUCAACUCCCCGCCAGUCAGCGGCUGUAGCGCUUGCGUCAGCGAAGCACGCCCAACUGUUCAAAGUAAUAGCAGAGCAGCACGCCAGGAUAGCAGCGGAACGAGAAGCGCUGCAGCGGGAAGAAGAGGAGAAACAAAACCUGCAGGAAUUAGGACAUUAGAACAAUAUUGCACUCCAAAGAAAUUUCAAACCACAUUCGACAAUGCAACUCCCACUCUAUUUCUAGAACAUUCAAUUAAUUUUAGCGGGAAAGUGUAAAUUCAUCAGUAGCCGCCAUCUUUAUUCUUUUUUUUUAUUUUAAUAAUUGGAUAUUUCUCUCUAUUUCUGGAAUAUUCAGUUACUUUUGGCGGGAAAGUGUAAAUUCAUUAGCGCGGUAG